CGUAAUUUCAACAUGAGUAAGAGAAAGGCAUUCGAAAGAAAGGAAUUUUUACAAGCGAUCCUGGUCAUCGAUUCCCACAACGAUGAUUUUCAACCGUUUACGAGCACAAAACCAUUGGCAUUGCUUCCAAUAGCAAACGUACCAUUGAUUGAGUAUUCGCUUGAAGUCCUCAAUCGUAAUGGAGUCCAUGAAGUGAUCGUGUUCUGCAGCAACCAUAUCGAUCAGGUGAAACGCUACUUAUACCAGCGCCAGGACGCUCGUUGCACGUGGUCGCUUAGCAUGAAGGUUUUGAUUGUUAGUUCGGAAUCGUGUAACAGUCUCGGGGAGGUAUUGCGCGACCUGUACGCUCGGAACACGAUACGUGGUAAUGUGUUACUGCUCGGGGUGGACAGCGUAACAAAUGCGGACCUCAGCGCCCUGCUUGCCGAACACAAACGGCUCUUGAAGUUGGAUCGCGGUGCCAUUAUGACGGUGGUGUAUAAGGAAGGCUUGCAAGGGAUGCGCACCGGUAAUGAGGUGAUGGUAGCGAUGGAACCAGCAACACGCCGGCUACUGCACCACCAGCGCCUAGCGCACCGGGAGAAGGAACGGAAGUUCGAGGUCCCUUUGGAAGUAUUUCUCGACAAUCGCAAUGUGAUCGUGUGUCAUGGUUUGCUUGAUCCGCAGAUUGCCGUGUGCAGUCCUGCCGCACUAUCACUGUUUUCGGACAACUUUGACUUCCUAUCAAGGGAUGAUUUUGUUCACAGUGUGCUGAAUAACGAGGACAUUCUAAAUAGCCGGAUCUACGUGGCUAAAUUAGCCAGGGAAGAGUAUGCGAUGCGCGUUAACAACUGGCAGAGCUAUCAUCUGGUCAGUUUGGAUGUGAUCAAUCGAUGGCUCUACCCGAUGGUACCGGACAUGACCAUCAACGAGUUCCGACAGCAGUACAAACUGUCUCGUAACAAUGUUUAUCGUCAUCGGAACGUUCGUUUGGGCAAGUCGUGCGAGCUCGAUGGUGAUCUGGUGAUGGGCGAAGCCAGUGAAAUCCAGGAAGGUACGUAUCUACGGCAAUCGGUUAUUGGACGUGGUUGCCGGAUCGGACAGAAUUGCCGGAUCGUGAAUAGUUUCUUGAUGGAGGGAGCUAUUGUAGGGGAUGGCACCGUGCUAAGUCACUGUGUGUUGGGUUCGGACGUAAAGGUCGGUGACGGGUGUACUAUCAAUCCGGGUACGGUGUUGGGUGAAGGUGUGGAAAUACCGGAUCAAAUGAACGUGCCUGGAUCGCUCCUGCUGCAAGCCAAUGAAUCUUACUACAACGAGUAUAGCACUCAAGCACAGAAGAUAUCCGAUCGGGCAUACAUUUUGCCAAUGAUGGAAGCAAAUGAUAGUGAUUCGGACGAAGAGAAGGAUAAAAUAACAGAGCGGGCAUUUCAUCAACCGAUCGCGAUUUCACAGCUUCCGCAACGCUAUCCAGCCUCCGUGUACGAACCGUCGGAUGAUGAAGAUGAUACCAGUGGGCUAGCGUGUCCAGUGUCCGAUGAUGACGACAUUUUCCUGUCCGAGAUAAUGGAAUCGCUCCAACGUGGACUCUCUGGCUGUACCAAUCCUGAGUAUAUGAUACUGGAGAUAAAUUCAUCCCGAUACGCCUACAAUAUGACGCUGGAAGAGGUUACCUAUUACGUAGUAAAGACAAUACUACAGAUCAUGCUACAACAGGAUGGUGUCGCAACGAACAUGAUCGGUACGUUCAACCGACUGUUCGCAUACUUCGGUGGCGUCUUCCGGAACUACAUUCGCGACCAUGUGGCUAUGAUGAACUGUCUGAAGGCGUUUGAGGACAUGUGCCCGGUGAGUGAGACGGUGCGGAUGAACAUAGUUCAACUGGUGCACUAUCUGUACCAGAAGAAUAUUCUUGAUGAGGGUGUAAUUAUCGACUGGUACGUAGGGUUGGAGGAUACAGCGAUCAAAACCAGGCUUUCGAAGUUAGUAAAUUGGUUAAAGGAAUGUACUGUAGAGUACUGUUGA